AUGGCUGCCGCCCAGACUCCUACCUUCAAGCUCGUCCUUACCACUUUUGUCAAGCGCCACUUGACUGGUGAGUUCGAGAAGAAGUACAUGGCCACCCUUGGUGUCGAGGUUCACCCCUUGGGUUUCACCACGAACUUCGGCCAGAUCCAGUUCGAUGUCUGGGAUACCGCCGGUCAGGAGAAGUUCGGUGGUCUCCGUGACGGUUACUACAUCAACGGCCAGUGCGGUAUCAUCAUGUUCGAUGUCACCUCCCGUAUCACCUACAAGAACGUCCCCAACUGGCACCGCGACCUCGUUCGUGUUUGCGAGAACAUCCCUAUUGUUCUCUGCGGUAACAAAGUCGAUGUGAAGGAGCGCAAGGUCAAGGCCAAGACCAUCACCUUCCAUCGCAAGAAGAACCUCCAGUACUACGAUAUCUCUGCCAAGUCCAACUACAACUUCGAGAAGCCUUUCCUUUGGCUCGCACGCAAGCUCGUUGGUAACCCUGCUUUGGAAUUUGUUGCCGCGCCGGCUCUGGCCCCCCCAACCGCCCAGGUCGACGAGAAGCUCCUCGAGCAGUACCGCCAGGAGAUGGCCGCCGCCGCCGAGAUGCCUCUGCCUGGUGAACUUUCGGACGAUGACUUGUAA